CUGAACUAGUGCAGUAAGUUAACGCACAGUGCAGUCCGAGGGAAACUGGGGCCGCGCGACGUCACGCUGCGAAGUUUGAGCAGAUCCAAGAUGGCGGAAGACGGCGGACCGAGGAAUCGGCGUUUCUCAGCGUCGAAGCAGAAAUGCCACAACUUUGCUGAAGAGAUGAGCGGUGUGGAAGAUGUUCCACUGUGCCGCCCCGUCGAGGGGAUGAGCUCACUGGACACUAAUGGAGUCACACCGUGUGCUGUAGAGGAAGAGCUUGAGCAGGAGGACCACUCUGUUCCUGAGGGGGCUCGACCCAUCCAAAUUGUAAUCACCAACGAGGACGAUCAUAAGUUUGAGUUGGAUGCUGCCGCGUUGGAAAAGAUCCUGAUGCAGGAACAUGUCAAGGAUCUCAACGUGGUUGUGGUGUCUGUGGCUGGUGCCUUCCGCAAGGGAAAGUCCUUCCUGCUGGACUUCAUGCUGCGGUACAUGCAUAAGCAGACAUCUGAGUCAUGGACGGGAGGAGACGAUGAGCCACUGACUGGUUUCUCCUGGAGGGGAGGCUGUGAGAGAGAGACUACAGGCAUCCAGGCCUGGAGUGAGGUGUUUGUUGUGGAAAAGGAAGAUGGAACCAAGGUGGCGGUUCUGCUGGUGGACACUCAGGGAGCCUUUGACAGUCAGUCCACCAUCAAAGACUGUGCCACGGUUUUUGCUCUGAGCACCAUGACCAGCUCUGUGCAGGUUUACAAUCUCUCUCAGAAUAUCCAAGAAGAUGAUUUGCAGCAUCUCCAGCUUUUCACAGAAUAUGGUCGCCUUGCAUUGGAGGAAAUCUGUGAGAAACCAUUUCAGAAACUAUUGUUUCUGAUCAGAGACUGGUGUUACCCCUACGAGCAUGGGUAUGGGCUUAAAGGAGGGAAUUGCUUCUUGAACCGGAGACUACAGGUGAAGCAGAAUCAACAUGAAGAGCUGCAGAACGUUAGGAAACACAUUCACAGCUGUUUCUCCAGCAUUGGCUGCUUUCUGCUGCCACAUCCAGGUCUGAAGGUGGCCACCAACCCUCACUUUGAUGGCAGACUGAGAGACAUUGAUGGUGAAUUCAAGAAGGAGCUGCAGAGUCUAGUGCCUUUACUCCUGGCACCAGAGAACCUGGUAGAGAAAGAGAUCGGCGGAGCUAAAGUCACGUGCAGAGACCUGCUGGAGUACUUCAAGGCGUAUAUUAAAAUCUUUCAAGGGGAGGAGCUUCCACAUCCUAAAUCCAUGUUGCAGGCAACUGCUGAAGCAAACAACCUGACAGCUGUCGCUGGAGCGAAAGACACUUAUAACAGAGCCAUGGAGCAGGUAUGUGGAGGUGACAAGCCAUACAUCGCCCCUUUGGACCUUCAGUGCUAUCACGAAGAGUUUAAGAAAACCUCCGUUAAACAGUUUAGCGUGGUGAAGAAAAUGGGCGGCGUGGAGUUCUGUCAGCGCUACCAGCAGCAGUUGGAGACGGAGCUGGAUGAAGUGUACACAAAUUUUGUGAAACACAAUGAAAGCAAGAACAUUUUCUACGCAGCGAGAACUCCAGCCAUCCUGUUUGCCAUCAUGUUUGUGACCUAUAUGGUCUCCACAGUAACAGGUUUCCUUGGGCUAUCGGUAAUCGCGGCUCUGGCCAAUCUGGUGAUGGGGGUGUCGCUGCUAUCGUUGUGUGCCUGGGCGUAUGUCAGAUACUCAGGAGAGUAUCGAGAAGUGGCUGUGGCAAUAGACCUCAUCACAGAGGCCCUGUGGGAACAGGUGCUGAAGCCACUUACUGAGCAGUACAUGGAAGAAAAUGUCAGACAGACUGUUGUGAACUCUAUAAGAGCCACGCUCACAGAUCAGGUGACACAAGCCACAAAGUUGAAGACCAACUGACAGUUUGCUGUGCCUUAUCUGCCCCGUGUUUCAAAAAUCACUGCUUCUGUUGUGUAGUUUUUGUGAUGUACGGUCAUGUAGGUUCUAACCAAAGUUUACAGCAUUAUUUUCCCUGACCAAGACUUUUUAAAAUAAAGGUGAUUCACGAUGCCAUAGAGGAACCUUUUUGUCUAAAUGGAUCCAUAAAGAUCCUUUCUGUUCCACAAAAGGUUCUUUGUGGCGAAAGAAGGUUCUUCAGAUUAUAAAAAGGUAAGAAAGAGAUGGUUCUUUAAAGAACCUUUGACUAAAUGGUUCUUUGUGGAACCAAAAAUGGUUCUUCUAUGGCAUCGCUCUGAAGAACCUUUACUUGUAAGAGUGAAUGUAUACCCCAACAUGCUGACUGACACUGUAACAGCAACGGACAGCAGUACAGAUGCUUCAGGAUUAAUCAUCAGGUAUACAUGCAGCUUUGAGGGAUUCUUCAGGGAAGCACUACAGAUGUUUUACAAUCUGAAAGUUUUGAACAGUUUUGAGAUCUUUAAUCCCUUAUGUGCUUAACGGUUGAAUUACUGCUCUCAGUGGAUGAUCCGUAGCAUUUGCCAUUUUGCCUUCUAGCACACAGCUUUACUUUUGUGAAAACUCAUUUUUGCUGGAUUUCUUGAGGCAUUUUUAGCCUUUAAGGAAUGCUGAAGUUGUAAAUCCAUCCAUGACACCCCUCUAUCGGGCCUCUUUCUGUACAGUGUUGUUUUAGACCGUAUCAUAGUUUCCUGCAUGUAAAUGAGUGUACAAAUAUCAGCUGUAGAUCACGAGGAUUUAAUUUACAAUAUUUUGAGACGAGUAUGAAUGUGAUGCUGUAAUUGCUUUUGUUGUCCCACAGAGCACCUUUCAUUGUGCAGUCUUCUGACACAUGGGAGUGCUCAUGAGAAGACUUUUAAGUCUUUUAAGGUUAUGCAUGUAAUUUAUUUUUUAAAUGAUUAAAAUAUUGAAAAACUUUG